UCGGCGAGGUUUUGCUUUUUCUCCCAACAUGUCCAGCCCCCGGAGAAAUGCCGAUGGCCGCGCGGGUGCCUCGGGGACUGGGGCAGGCAUGGGCAGUGGCGGUGGCGGCAGUGGCAGCCGCCCUGGCAGCCCAGCUCACGUGAACCACAGCGGCGUCGCGGGCGCCAGCAGGUUUGAGUUCCAGUCUCUGAUGAGCAGCCGCAGCCUGGGCUCCGAACCGAGCACGGCGCGCCUCCGCGCCUCCGAGAGCCCGGUGCAUCGUCGCGGCUCCUUCCCCUCAAUCGGGUUGGCCGCGCCGCAGUCCGCCCAGCCCCCUCUGCCGGAGGAGGAUUCUAUGAGGCUGAACCCUUCCUUCCUGGGCAUCGCUCUCCGCUCCUUGUUGGCUAUUGACUUGUGGAUGUCCAAGAGACUGGGCGUGUGCGCCGGGGAAAAGUCGUCCUGGGGCAGCGCCAGGCCCCUCAUGAAGCUGCUCGAGAUAUCUGGCCACGGGAUCCUUUGGCUGGCCGGCACCGCCUACUGUCUGUAUCGGAGCGACAGCUGGGCGGGUCGUGAAGUCCUAGUCAACCUGCUUUUCGCUCUGCUCUUGGACUUGAUCUUGGUGGCGCUGCUCAAAGGACUUGUUAGACGGCGUAGACCUGCGCACAACCAAAUGGACAUGUUUUUCACGUUCUCGGUGGACAAAUAUUCCUUCCCCUCCGGCCAUGCCACCAGAGCUGCCCUGGUGUCUCGAUUCAUCUUGCACCACCUGGUGCUGGCCAUUCCUUUGAGGGUGUUGAUAGUGCUGUGGGCCUUCAUCUUGGGCCUCUCUAGGGUCAUGCUGGGAAGGCACAAUGUCACAGAUGUAGCUUUUGGCUUUUUCUUAGGUUACAUUCAGUACAGUAUAGUGAACUAUUUUUGGCUGUCUCCUUUCAAUGUCCCUGCAAUUUUUGCUCUCUGGAGUCACCAGUAAAUUAUUUGAUUGUUUAUGGGAUCAGAAGACACAAACGCUUCCAAGAUAAAAAAGGACCAAACAUAUAUACCAGCAUCCAUCAUGCUCUUGUAGACAAUUAGGACCUGCCUUGGAAUUUGAGUCUCAAAGGAAAAAUGUAAUGCCCUACCAUCUUGAUAUUUGCUAGAUAGAAGCAUGUGCCAGCUAUAAGGGGAACACAGCCAUGUUAGGUAAAUAAAAUAUUUAUAUAGGCAGAAUUAGACAUAUAUAGGUCUUCAUUAACAACUAUGUCAGCAAGAUAAUAGCAAAGGAAUCGAGCAGUUUCUCUUGCUGUUGAUGACUAAUUUCUUUGAAAGUUUACAAUCAGUGAAUAAUAUAA